ACUUCCUUUGUUUUCGUUGACUCGCUGCUGUCACAUCGGUGGCGGUUUCCCGGGCAACCACGGCAACGGCAGACCGACAACAAACGAGACCAGGUGCUGAACUGGACCGUUUUUCAAUUCGCGUUUUGUUUCAGGACAAUUCAAUUUAAGCAGAGUACCAAAGUAAAGAUGAACGAGGUGUGUGUCAGGGUGGCGGUCCGCGUCCGUCCCUUACUCCCCAGAGAAGUUCUCCACAACCACCAGGUGUGUGUGCGAGUGGUGCCCGACACGUCCCAUGUGAUGAUCGGGAAGGAUAAGACCUUUCCUUUCGAUCACGUCUUUGGCUGUGAGUCCAGCCACGAUGAGCUGUACGAGGCCUGCGUCCACCCGCUGGUGGAGUCGCUCAUCGACGGCUACAACGCUACGGUAUUCGCCUACGGACAAACCGGGUCGGGGAAGACCUACACACUAGGAGGGGGACUCGUUGAUGAGGACUGGGGUAUUAUCGGCCGCCUGGCCCAGGAUGUGUUCCAGCUGCUGGGGCAGAAGAGGCCGGCAGGGAAAGGUGAUGGGCUGAUGGAGCACACUGUACGGGUCUCCUAUAUGGAGCUGUACCAGGAGGAACUGAGAGACCUUUUGGAACUCCACACCAACCACAAAGAGCUUCAUAUCAGAGAGGACGACCGAGGAAACACAGUGGUGGUGGGGGCCAGGGAGACGGUGGUCCGCACCGCCGACGAGCUCCUCAGCGUCCUCCAGGCGGGCAACGCCCUGCGCCACACGGGCACCACGGGGAUGAACGAACACUCGAGCCGCUCGCACGCCAUCCUCUCCCUCCAGCUCAGCUGGGGCCGCCGCGGGGCCACGGGCCACGCCGUCCGCCUCUCCAAGCUCCACCUGGUGGACCUCGCCGGCUCGGAGCGCGCUGGCCGGACAGGCAACACCGGCGUGCGGCUCAAGGAGUCGGUCUACAUCAACGCCGGCCUGCUGGCGCUGGGGAACGUCAUCCGUGCGCUCUCGGACCCAGGGCGGGGUCGCCGCGGCAACAACAACAACAACAACCACGGCGGCGGCGGCGGCGGCGGUGGCGUGCACGUGCCGUACCGAGACGCCAAGAUCACGCGGCUCCUGAGAGACUCGCUGGGGGGGACGGCCCACACGCUGAUGGUGGCCUGCGUCAGCCCCUCCCACCACAGCAUGGCCGAGACCCUCAGCGUCCUGCAGUUCGCCCACAGGACACGCCACGUGCGCAACCGCCCCGGUGCCGCGGUCUCCCGGUCGGACACCAAGUCAUGCCCUCCCGUCUGGGACCCCGGCGAGGCCCGUCUGGGGGAGCUGGCCUACGAGGUGGAGACGCUCCGAGAGCUGCUGAAGGAGAGGGAGAGAGAGCUGGAGAAGGAGAGGGGGAAGGCGGGGAAAGCGGCCGGGAGGGUUGAGAAGGAGGAGGAGGAGGAGGAGGAGGAGGAGAGGAAGGAGUGUGAGGAGAGCUCCGAGAGACACACAGACCUCGGGAGGACAGCCAAUCAGGAGGAGGCGCUGCAUUAUCUCCUGCUGGCCCAUGAAGCUGCUGAGCUGUUGAAGGAUUUGUCCGCACCAACCCUUAGUGCCCCGAUCAGGCAGAGGGUGAAGGCGUGGCAAGAGAGACUCGUGACUUUGGAGCAUUUAGAUCCGACCAAUGAAAAUCCAGAUGAGGCCCAACCCCUCACCGUGCUACAGCUCAGGCGAGAACUCAACAAAAGCCAGGAGGCUUUGGCCAGAGCCGAGCAGGAAUUGCAGCAGAAAGAAGAGGCACUCCGACAGGCCAAGAGGGUGAUACAGGAAGUGGUCUUGGAUAGGAAGAGCCAGUUGCAGGCCCUAGAAGAGGAGAAGGAUCGCACACGCAUACAGACAGAACACCUGGUGGAACAAGAGAUUCUGAUCAAACGGCUUCGCGGUGACCUCAUGACCUCUAGGCUAACCCCGGGGAGCUCCGUGGAAACGGCCCCCACUGUUCACUCUGCCAGGAGGCCCUACAGCGCCCCCCUGGUGGGGUACAGCCGGCGCCACCAGCCUUCUCGGAGGAUCCAUACGAGUCCAGCAGCAUGUUCUUUGGAAAGAGUGAUGGCAGCGUUCAGGAUGCGUGGCCAUCUCCUGCUGGCGGAGAUCGAGGACAAACAGGAGGUCUACUGCCCUUUCAUCAAGCAGCGUGAGGGGAAGGGGGGAGACAGAGACCAGAAGGAGAACAUGGAGGUGGAGGAGGAGGUGGUGGACGAUGAUGAGGAUGAAGAUGGGGAGGACAGCCAAAUGGGAUUCAGACGUUCUCUGAAUCGCACUUGGACCGGCCUUCAGAAGAGUCCAGACCAGAAACACAAUGGGACUGACACUCACCAGAAGACCCACGAUGGAGUCCUGUUGUCUCAAUGUUCCCAGCUAACACAAGAGAUCGAAGGGAAACCAAUACAUCUGAAGGAGGUGGGAGUAGGAUCUUGCCCCAUUCAGCGGAGAAUCCAGGAUUUGUCUAUCAACAUGCGCAUGAAGGAGCAGCUCAUUAAAGAACUCGACAAAACAAGCAGGGAUGCCAGAGCCAUCGACACACAUAAGGAGGAUGGCAGGAAGGCAGGCGUGUUGAACAGACUGUCCCUGCAGAGCCAGCAGGCCCGGGCAGAGCUGUACCACAGCCUGCAACACCUGAGCCUGCAGAGAGAACGACUCCGAACCAGCCUGAAGCACCACUCUGCAGGGACUCAGUCCAUCAACAAGGGCUUAACAAUAGAGGGAACCAGCAUCUCCCAAAGCAGACUCUGUGAAGGCACACAAGAAGAGGAGCAUGAUGGUGAUUGGCUGGAGGGGGAGGAGGAGCGGGCCCUGCAGCGGAGGGCGGAGCUCCAGGAGCUGGAGGCGGAGCUAAAGAGGAGAGAGGAGAUGCUGCUACGCAAGGAGGCGUGUCUCCAGCAACGCAGCAAACUGGAGAACAAGAGGCUGCGUUCCAGCCAGGUCCUAAGUCAGGAUCUUCUGCGUGUUUCGACGCGGCUGGAGUCCCUCGAGGAACAGCUAGGGGGCAGUGGCCAGGCAGGGCACAACAGAGUGGUCACUGCAGAGGAACUGGAGAAGGAGAGAGACUCCCUCAGAAAGAGGAGAGACAUCCUGAACACACAGCUCCGAGAUGGGAAGGGGCUGUCCACAAAGGAAGAGCAUUCGCUGCUUGAGUUGGAGGAGGCUAUAGAAGUGCUGGAGGCGGCUCUGGACUUUAAGAACCAGUCCAUUCAAGACAGGCAGAAGCAGCUGUCAAUCACCACCAUUAUCUCCCAGCAGUCCCCGACCACUGAACCCUCCCAACUAUGUAAUGUCUCCAGGAAGCUGAAUAAGCUCUCGCAGACAGAGGCCUCGAAUUUGCUGUUAAAAUACUUCAACAAGGUGGUGCGCCUGCGGGACGAGUUGCGUUGCCUGCGGCUGUGCUGCGAGGACCUGCGCCUGGCCGCCGGCGAGCGGGAGGGCCAGUACCGGACGGCCGAGGCCGCCCUGCAGCACCUGGUCCUGGACACAGACCGGAGGCUCACCCUGCAGCAGCAGCAGCACCAGGGCAGCAUGCAGCAGCUGCUCAAACAGCUCAGAGAGGGGGGCUCUGGGGAAGCAGAGCGGGCCGUGCGAGCUAGGCUCCAGCAGCUGGAGAGGGAGUUGUUCUUCUACAAGUGUUCCAGCCGCCAGCUGAAGAAGAAACUGAAAGAGCUGCUCUGUGAUCCUCAACAAACCCCACAAGAGCCCUCCGCUCAACCAGCCCUCCCACACGAGGACCCCCAGAGGAAAUACGCGCAGAAGAACACAAAGACACCCUCUCGACCGUCUAAGAGCAACGCACACAGCACUGGGACGCAGGCGCCGACACAGGCACAGACGGGCGAACCCCCAAACGAAGCAUUUUCCUCGUCGACCUUUAACCUUCAAACAUACAAAACGACACAAAAUGAGCCCUCUUACAUUCAGACACAUGCACAGGGGCCUGUUGGGGAGGGGCCAGAGAUCGCCACGGUCCGUGUGUCUCGCAGAGAGCUAAGGGAGAUACCACCCUCAGACCUUCAGGUCCCUCGAUCGGCCACACGGGGGCGCCAUUCAGUAGUGAAGACCAGCACAGAGUCAAUACUGGAGGACUCAAUAGAGUUAUCUCGAAAACACUAAUUUAAACGAGCAAAGACAAGGGUGCCUUCUUGCCGACUAGCAAUAGUAGUAACACUGUUUGGCAAUUGGUAACUACUAAUCAGAAUGGCAACCUAUUAGUUGAUGUGUUCUGUUUUAUUUUCUCCGGUCUAAUGACAUUCCAUGAGGGUUCCUCCCCAAUUGUAAAAUGCAGGUUGAAGUUCAAUGAGAAACAGUUGCGAACUAAAUUAAGAUACGCUCUUACAGGUUAUUUAUACAUAUACAUGUCCUUACUAUUUCCAGGGAGACUAACGGUGUAACAUUACUCCAGAGGUAAUCUCAAAGCCACACUAAGGGGAAUAAACAUCGUCAUAAACCCCUUUUAGAUGUAAGACAACCUCUGUGUAGUAAUUCAAUUACCACUAUCCUUGUACUUUUUUUUCUCAGUAAUCGACAUUUAAGUUUAUAAUAGUUGAGUUACAGUCUUAGUAUUUGAACAUAAACCCAUUUGAAUGACAGGUGUCGAACUAGCAUUCAAAAUGCUAGGUAGACUAGCAUUUAAAAUGCACACAACAGAACAUAUUGAUGUGAGUACGCACUGUAAGUGUGUGUUAUGUUGUAACGUUAAAAUAUGGUUUCAUAGUUAAAUUAAAAAAACAUACGGUAACUAACGUGUUGGUUGCUUUUAUUGAUAUGUUGACCUAGUUUGCUUAUUUUAGGGAGUUCAUAGCGGUGUUGGGUAAU